CGAUGCCUUGUGAAAGAGGUUUAAGGCCUUCAGUGCUUGGCCCAUUUGAUUUCACAGUGCUUUCUUUACAUCACUUCACAAACUCGUUGCCAAAAAUCUCACUGAUUUUUCGUCUUUCGCGGUCCCAACGAACCCUAGAUCGGAUCAUGUCUGGAGCAUACGGUCAAGACGGCGGCGGCUCUGCGCCACCGUCAUAUGGAGCCAGCGGCGGAUACGGUUCCGGUGGUGGUAGUUAUGGAGGGGGAACCUAUGGAGGGGGCGGUGCCAGUGGAGGAUAUGGUGGUACGGAUGGCGGUGGAGGUUACGGAGCGAAAAGCAGCGGAAACGACGGCGGAUACGGUGGUAACGAUGGCGGGGGUUAUGGAGGAAGGAGCGGCUACGGUGGAAACGAUGGCGGAGGCUAUGGAGGAAGAGGCGGUGGUCAAGGUGGCCGGGGAGGUGGAGGGUUCGGUGGUGGAUAUGGCGGUCGAGGUGGAGGUGGCGGUGGCGGUGGUGGAUAUCAAGGCGGUGAUCGCGGGGGUCGUGGCGGCGGUCGCGGCGGAGGCGGCCGUGGCGGUAGCGGCAGAGAUGGAGACUGGCGUUGCCCUAACCAAAGUUGUGGGAAUUUGAACUUUGCGAGAAGGGUUGAAUGUAACAAAUGCGGUGCUCCUUGUCCUAAUCCGAAUAGUUCCAAUGAACGAGGUGGAAGUGGUGGCGGUGGGGGUGGCUUUAGUAGAGGCGGAGGUGGCGGUGGGGGAUAUGGUAACACUCGAGGGGGAAGAUCGGGGAAUUAUGAUGGAGGGAGAGGUAAUGACUAUAACAGUGGAGGGGGUCGAUCUGGUAACUAUGAUGGUGGAAGGGGUAAUGACUAUAAUAGUGGAAGGGGUGGUAGUAAUGAUGGUAGAGGUGGUUCAUAUAGAGGUAAUCAAGGUAGAGAAGAUGGUAGCUACGGUCAAGUUCCCGCUCCUAAUGCCCAAUCUUAUGGUGGUGCUGGUGGAAGCUUCCCACCCUCUUACAAUUCUUAUGGUGGGAAUGCAAGUUAUGGAACUGAUGCAGUUCCUCCACCUUCGAGUUAUACUGGCGGACCUAAUUCCUAUCCUCCAUCAUAUGGGGGUAAUGUCGGUGGUUAUGGGGGAGAUAAUCAAGGGAAUGGGCGGAGUGGUGGUAGAUCUGGGCCUCCGUCUGGGUAUGACAAUAGUCAUGGUGCUGGUAAUCGAGGUGGAUUUGGUGGGUCUUCUGCCGAGCCCCCAGCUGCAGUGAAGCAGUGUGAUGAUAAUUGUGAUGACAGCUGCGACAACUCUAGAAUAUACAUCUCAAACCUUCCACCAGAUGUGUCAAUUGAAGAAUUGAGGGAACUUUUUGGAGGCAUUGGACAAGUUGGAAGGAUAAAGCAGAAGAGGGGCUACAAGGAUCAGUGGCCUUGGAACAUUAAGAUUUACACAGAUGAGAAUGGAAAUAACAAGGGAGAUGCUUGUCUUGCUUAUGAAGACCCUUCUGCAGCACAUUCAGCUGGCGGUUUUUACAAUAAUUAUGAUUUGAGGGGUUACAAAAUCAGUGUUGCAAUGGCAGAAAAAUCUGCUCCAAGAGCUGCACCUGCUUAUAACCAAGGGGGCAAUAGGGGUGGCUAUGGUGGAGAUAGACGCCGAGACAACUAUAGAGAUGGAGGUGGCUCUGGGCCUGAUAGGCGUGAUCAUUAUGGAAAUCGUUCUCGUCCGUACUAGGAGCUUGGACAUUGAACGUUUUAUGUACUAUGAAUUGUGGGCUGAGGGUUUAAUUAUUUCAGUUGGCUGGUUUCUUGAACUGGAAGCAAAGAGGUAGGUUGUUCACUUACUUUGAGCAAUACCUCUUCCGCUCCUUUUUUGUUUCAAUUGUCUAGAUGGUGGGUUUUGAAUUUAGCCAGGGAUUAAUUUAAUCAUGUGAAUGUUUUUAUAGAGGCAAGUGGAUAGUCUCCCAAUUGCUUGCUGCUAAGGUAGGUGUUGAAUAUUUCAGGUGAGUGCAGCUUUCACGUAAAAAUGUGCCUAAUACUUGCUUGGAAAUUCCUUGUGUCAUAAUGUGGAUAAAUGCUUGCAGUUCUGGCUCAUCCCAUGUGGCAUCUGUGGUACAAGCGGGUGUUGGCAUUAAUUAAUAGAAUGUUUUUAUGUUAGUCAUUGUUCCAUAAAUCAAUAAAUCUUAAUUACAAUGUUUCAAGUUUCAAGUAAAAUUGGUUGUUUGUAAGGAAUGAAUUAAAUUGUGCUGACAUUUUACUUUAAAUUGAAGCCUUUUGUAAUCAAAUCUAUCAUGAGUUAUUCUAUCGUAGUCUGUUUGAUCUUGAGGCUUUAUGAAGUCUUGUAUUUUUCGUUGUUUACAUGCAACUUUUCAGGAGUUUUUAUUUAACUGUUUUAAUUGACAUCCAAGCAACUCAAGGUAAAGCCAAGCCUUUGAAGCUACUAUUUAACAUCUGAAAAGAAUUCAAUUUACUCUAAACUGUUUUCAUUUUAAGUGUUGAAAAACCACACUUUUGAUGAAAUUUUUCAAUGUGUAGAGUUGCAAAGCUGUUGCAUUUUCUAUGGAUAUAGCCGAUCAAGUUUUUCAAUCUAGGUUUUUUAAAUAUUUUUUGGAGAUUAACUAGGUGAAAUAGUUCCAUAUAUUCUUAUAUGAUUAAGUAGAUCAUGAACUUGUAUUAAUAGCAUAUAGAUGUGAAAAUGGACUCUUGCAUAUACUUUGUCUGAUGUAAAUAAUGCAGAAGCCAUUCGUGUUUAGUCUUGAAUCCUGUUUAGCUAUCUUAUGGUUUGCAUUCUUAUUUUAUAUUUUUUGCUUUUGCACUGGUUUUGUCCGUUUGUAACUGUAAUUUACCGAAUAGCCAAUAGGGAAGUCAAGUAUCUUUUGGACUUCAUUAUACGGCAUGUGUUGCUUUUGGCAAGCUAACUAUUGGAGUCCGCACUUCACAGUUGCAUUCCUCUGCCACUUAUUCUCUGCAAUUCAAGUUUGUUUCUACUUUUACCUGAUAAAAUUAGUACAGUUUUAAUGUUCACACAUCUAUAUCCGGUGGCUUUUGCAUAUUUGGUACUUGCGAGCAGAACUUUCUUCCCUGGGCUAUUGUGGGUGACAAGUGUCGUUGCUUCUAAACCGUGCUUGUUCAUUUAGUUCCUUACCAACGGAUGCUAUAUAAUUCAAAUGUACUUUGACCCCUAGUGUAGAUUGUGGCCUGUUUGAUUUGUCGGUUGUGAACAUUUGUUUCACCAGUUAUUAGAAUACCCCUUCCUUUCUGACUGUUA